CCUUUGAUGAGGUCUUACACUCCACCUCCGCAGAAAUGGAAGAGCAAGUGUAAGUUUGCAAACAGUCUGAAAGCUUUUUCCAUUAGCCCUGGACGCCGGAAACCACAAAGGGCAGGCAAGUUUUGAUUUUCAAGGAGAAAGCCUCUGGUAAAACUUUCGCUCAGCCGGCCAGAUCUGUUGGUUCCUGGGAGGGGCUCUUUUGAAACCUUGAAGGUUCCUAGGCUCUUGAAGACUCGGAGCGGUGGAUUACAGUAAUUGAAGCGCUUGGGUGAUUUUGCAAGAUUACUCUGUUUGGUGUAUGUUCACAUUUCCAGGCUAGGGGACCGAGCAGAGGAAUCCCCUUUGUUAUCUGCUGAAGUAAGAAGAUCAGAGGGGAAGACGGGGUUUGAAGUGUGGAUUAGCGGGAUCCUAAGUGUUUGCCUAUCACCUCCGUCUGGAUCUUUAUAAACGAUGGAGGAGUGACAUGAAUUUAGGGAAUCAUGCGAAGUGUCCCUGAAGCCUGUCUCGGAACCAGAAACUUCUUUAAAGACAGACCAGCUGUGCCAGGCUGCCUGAACGGACCCGCAUCCACGCCUCGAAGGUUUUAAGUCUCCUCUUGCAAGACGUCAGUCUCUGGGCGAUCGGUUUGCUUCUCCGCGAGGGAUGGAGACGCGCAGAGCGUCCGGCCUGCUGCCCUGGCCGCGCCGCCUCGGCCCGGUGCCCCUGGACCUGCCGGGGACCCUGCCCCGCCUCCCUCCCGCGGACCCCCUCGGGGUGCCCCUGCGGCUGCACGCCGCGUGCUGGGCGCGGGCGCGGGCGCCGGGGGGCCGCGGGCCGGGCCUGGCGCUGCCGCUGCCGCUGCCGCUGGCCUGCGCCCUGGAGCCCGCCUUCCUCCGCAGGCGCAACGAGCGCGAGCGGCAGCGGGUGCGCGGCGUGAACGAGGGCUACGCGCGCCUGCGGGACCACCUGCCCCGCGAGCUGGCCCAGCGGCGGCUCAGCAAGGUGGAGACGCUGCGCGCCGCCAUCCGCUACAUCAGGCACCUCCAGGAGCUGCUGGAGCGCCAGGCCCGGGCGCAGGACGGCCCCGCCGCCGCCCGCACCCCGCGCCCGGCCGACUGCAACAGCGACGGCGAGUCCAAGGCCUCGUCGGCGCCUUCGCCCUGCAGCGAGCCCGAGGAGGCGGGCAGCUAG